AUCUCUGGGGUGGAUCGCUGUGAUCGUAUAAAUAAAACUGAUAGACAGGUCUGCUUGCAAAAGAGGGUCCUUCCCGACUCAACUCUGGGUGGGGUGACGGUUCUAUUAAUUUAUAUUCCGUAUCAAAGAAGCACAACAAGGUCUGUGAGGAUGAUGUGAUGGGACAACACCAACCAGGGCAGGUGAAAACCGUAAAUGUACGGGCUGAUUCAACUCCAGCUAAUUUAUAAACUUGUAAAAGGGAAGAUAAUUUGUAGGUAUAUUUUGCCGAAGGCUACUUGUAUGUAUUUGUUUUAACCAGCUAAUCUAACGUAAUGGCGACCGAGUGCACCCAAGAAGCGGUCGUACAUUUUCUGACCGAGCGAGGGGGGAGAGAGAAAAAACAGGAAUUCAUUGACUAUUUCAAAUCUGUUUUCCCGGAAGACCCUGACCAGAAAGCAAUUGUUCGGGAGAAAUUCAAGGGAUACGUGGACAACGUCGCAUUUGUAAAGUUGGAGAAUGGAGUGAAAUGUGUAUGUUUAAAAAACAAGUAUCGAGUGGAAAAAGACAGCGCGUGCCUUGGCAACGAAACAGGCACCUUUUUGGAACAAGAUAGCAGCACCCCUGUCCUAUCAGAAUCAUAUAAGAACUUGAUAGAAGAUUGUACACCACAACUGCAUCUGUCAGCAUCUUCUGCCGGGGGUGUGCGCUCUUGUGAAACCACUGCAAACGACGAGGCACAACAAGACAUUUCACCUGGCUCGGGUUACGGAACUGACAAUGCCGCAGGAGUGAGACCGCCUGACAUUUCACGAAUUAUAUUGGAAGGUAACAUUAUAGAAAAAGCUGCGUCAACAAGGUCUGUAGUUCAGAACAAUAGUUUACCAGACAUUAUGGGAAAUGCGUUAGGCCUUGGUGGCAAUGGAGAGCAGAAAUUGACCAAGGAGGACCUUCAGACAUUGCAACCGCAUGACAUACCGCAAAUUGCAGUGAUUGAGACGUCACCUUUACCUACAGCCGCGGAUGGCUCUAUGUUCCACUUACCCGGACGUCAAUUCCCAACAAAUGCACAGGGCAGCCUGCUGUCCAGUCACCCUUCAUCAGAGGACGGGGCAGACGAAGGCCAUAAUUAUGAUUCGCUACUGAGCAAAUCGGGGAGUGACAGCAACACACCUAAAAGUAGCCAUAACAACUUUAUUGAGCUCAUGAUGAACAGCUCCCCCCAGGUGCGACGCAGCAUGGUGUUGAGGAACUCUGUCUACCUGUCUACAAAGUACAGGGACAGUGACUCUGCCUCUGUGGUUUCUUCUACUACAGACGAAGACAGAGCUUCAGUCACUCUGGACCCGUUGGAACACGAAUGGAUGAUGUGUGCAUCCGACGGCCAAUGGGAGAGUCUUCACCGCCUCCUUUCCUGUGAACCGAACCUUGCCAUGAAGAAAGAUUUUGUGACUGGGUUCACCUGCCUGCACUGGGCUGCCAAGCAAGGCAAACAAGAACUGCUGGCACUUAUCGUGAACUUUGCCAAAAAACACACAGUACCCAUCAACAUCAAUGCCCGGUCAAGUGCCGGCUACACACCACUCCAUCUAGCAGCAAUGCACAACCAUGUUGAAGUGGUGAAGUUACUGGUAGGAGCCUAUGACGCAGACGUAGAGGCCAGAGAUUACAAUGGGAAAAGGGCGUGUCAGUAUCUUACGAAAAGUGCGGCCGUUGAUAUCCGUGACAUCAUCGGGGCGGGUGGUGGCCCCGACUCGGACUCAGAGAACACAGACGAUGGGGGGCAUUGGCGGUUGUCUAAAGUUCUCCAGUCUAAUCUGAUGCCCCUCAAACUGCACAAUCACAGUGAGGAGGACACAGGUGAUGGAGCAGGGCAGGCCAGACAGAAACCCUUGCGAAGGAAAUCAUCCCUUAGCAAGAUGAGGCCCAAACUUCAGAAGAUCCGCUUCAGAUCUUCGCAGAUAGUUCACAGCACUUCGUUCCCAGCACACUGUGAGACAGAGGAGCUUAGCGGGUCCAGGAAAAGCUCAUUUAAAUCCAGACCCAUGUCAAAUCUGUUUGGCUGAAGAAUAGCCUCUAAGUACACCCAACAAAGAGCAAAUCAACUACUACAGUGCAGAAUGACUGAGACAAUGCGAUAUAGUCUGAUGUUACAAGUGUUUGUUUUUUUGUGGCAUAGGCCUAGUCUGUUGUUACACAUACUAAAGGGUUUUUACCCCAGGCAUUAUAUGAAUAUGCUGAACUAACAGAGUAUGGUAUUACAUGAUCUAUUGAGUAACUGGCCAGAUUGCUACCCCUGGUUAGGCUAAAUAUUUCUGUCUUAAUCCUCUUAUCAUGCCGAAGUAGCCAAGGAGGUUUCACAGUUCGUCUGCUUUAACCCUUAACGUACAUGUAAAGCUGCCUGCAACCAACUGGGCAAAGAUGUCAGUUCAAUGUAUAGUUUUGAUUUACAUUUCGUUGAGUUUUUAACUAAUGUGAAUUCAAUGUGAAAUCGACAAAAAAUGUCACCGUGUCAUUGGAUUUGGGUUAGAAUUUGGGUGAUUUUAAAAAUAUAUUUUUUAAAUAUGAAAUUAUCUUCCAUUGAAGAUCAGAACCAAAACUACUUUUUUUCAUAUCCAAUCAGUUUCCCACGUUGAUUUGACGUCUUCAUAUGACAUUUUUUGGGGUUGAAAUGGCAUGGAAACAAGGUUGACUCAACCUGUUUUUGCCAAGUGGGAAGUGUUUAAACUUCCAAGUUAUUUGACCACAUGGUACAAACAAUGUAAUUGAUUUCACAAUGCUUGGGAGCAAUUCUCUCUUAUUACUGUCAGACUGUUAGUGAGGCUAUGAAUUUAUUCUCCCUUUACGUUUCAGUUGCUUUAAGCACUUUGAUUUGAAACCGUUAUUGAUUUCCUGCGGUGGAUGCCAUUCAGUCCAGCUGAAAGACUUUCAAGUGGAGGAUUGGAGGCCAAUGAAAAGGCCUCUGGUCCUUUAAGUCUGUAAUCGGGAUCAGUAGAGGAGCCUUCUGUGUCACAAGGUACGCUUUUUGUUGAGCGUAUGGUAGGCCUGCUGUGUGUAGUGCUAUGAUGAAAGAUCAGGUUUCAUAACUAUUCACAGUCCACCUUGAAUUAUGCUAUGCAGUUAUACUCACUUUAUGACCCUCUGAUCAUAGCUCCUUAUUAUGAGUUGUCUAAGGCUGCAGUUGUCUGGUGUUAAGUUGUAGGCUACCCUCUGAUCUGUUAUGCACCAGUGGUUUUCUAUCAACAAGCUCCAGCUUGCUGACCCAGGAGAGGCUCUACAGACAAUAAUAAGAAUGUGAAAACAUGUUUUUAGAAAUGUUUGCAAAUAUAUUGAAAAUUAAAUGCAUAAAUAUCUCAACGACACAAGUAUUCACACCCCUGGGUCAAUACUUUGUAGAAGCACCUUUGGAUGCGUUUACAGCUGUGAGUCUUUCUGGAUAAAUCUCUAAAGAGCUUUCCACACCUGGAUUGUGCAACAUUUGCCCAUUUUAUUAUUUUCUAAAUUAUUCAAGCUCUGUUCAAAUUGAUUGUUGAUCAUUGCUAGACAACCAUUUUCAGGUCUUGCCAUACUUUUCAAGUAGAUUUAAGUCAAAACGGUAACUCGGCCACUCUGGAACAUUCACUGUCAUCUUGGUAAGCAACUCCAGGUUAGAUUUGGCCUUGUGUUCAAGUUUUUUUUAAACCUUUAUUAAACUAGGUAAGUCAGUUAAGAACAAAUUCUCAUUUACAAUGAAGGCCAAACCCUAACCCGGAUGAUGCUGGGCCAAUUGUGCGCCGCCCUAAGGGACUUCCAAUCACGGCCGGUUGUGAUACAGCCUGGAAACGAACCAGGGUCUGUAGUGACGCCUUUAGCACUGAGAUGCUAUGCUUGAAAAUAUGGAGAGUGGUACUCAGUAAUGUUUCAGGCAAAUCCAAUAACACUUUGUAUUCAGGACAAAAUGUUAAUUGCUUAGCCAUUUUCUUUGCAGUAUUACUUUAGUACCUUGUUAUAAACAGGAUGCAUGUUUUGGAAUAAUUUUUAUUCUGUACAGGCUUCCUUUUCAGACAAUCAAUUAGGUUAGUAUUGUGGAGUAACUACAAUGUUGUUGAUCCGUGCUCAGUUUUCUCUUACCAACUCUUUUUAACCAUUUUAAAUUCACCAUUGGCCUCAUGGCGUAAUCCCUGAGUGGUUUCCUUCCUCUCCGGCAACUAAGUUAGGAAGGACAUCUGUAUCUUUGUAGCGACUGGGUGUAUUGAUACCCCAUCCAAAGUGUAAUUAAUAACUUCACCAUGCUCAAAGGGAUAUUCAAUGUCUGCUGUUUUAUUUUUACGCAUCUACCAAUAGGUUCCCUUAUAGCCCUUAACUGAAAGGUUGCAAGUUCAAAUCCCCGAGCUGACAAGGUUCAAAUCUGUCGUUCUGCCCCUGAACAGGCAGUUAACCCACUGUUCCUAGGCCGUCAUUGAAAAUAAGAAUUUGUUCUUAACUGACUUACCUAGUUAAAUAAAGGUAAAAUAAAAUAAAUAGCCACGGGAAGUAAAGGUGCUGCAGCACCCCCUGAAAAAAAUCAGAAUACAUUUUUUAAAUAAUAAUUUUUUUUUAAAUGGAAGAAAAAUGUAUUCUUCACAGAAGUGCACUGGGCCUUUAAUAGUCCUAUAUUUGCAGACUGAUAUAGCUUUCUCCAGUGCAGGCAAUAAUAUUUGUUUUUGUACAAUGUUGCACUGAAUUGUAACACUUAUUUUUUACUCUGUACGUUUGUUUUUUGCUAAUAUAACUGGAGUGUAUAUUUUCACAUAUUUAGCAAAUCAUUGUCUCACAUGUACUAGUCUAAUUGUUUGUCUAGAUUAGAUUUAAGGCAUAAUACUUAUGGCAUUGACUGUUUUUGGGGAAUAUGUUUCCUCAGUCAAUGGUUUUUAUCACUGAAUAGCGAUAGUAAUGCUACAUAGUUUACAUCUGAUUUUGCUACUUGAUUUUAUUGUACAGUUUUGUAGUCUUGCCAAAUUAGCUCUUACCUUUUUUAUUCUGCAAUUUCUUUAUGUUUUUAAAUCAACCACCUGCUGCUAAUUAUGAUAUUCAAAGGGCUGGAACCGAAUUUCUCUUGUCUGUUUGUACAUUAUAUUAUUUUUGAUUAUCUAAUGUUAACCUAUAAAACGAUUGUGAGGUGUCAGAUUUUGUAUCUAUGUUCUUCAAUAAUGUAUGCAAAGCUAAAGAUUGUGUAGUUUGCAUUUUUAUCAUUUGGAAACCGGAAAAUAGCUGUGUAGCAACAUUCCAUAUCCAACCUGACAGAGCUUGAGAGGAUUUGCAGAGAAGAAUGGGAGAAACUCCCCAAAUACAGGUGUGGCAAGCUUGUGGCGUCAUACCCAAGAAGACUCGAGGCUGACAAAGGUGCUUCAACAAAGUACUGAGUAAUAGGAUAAAUGUGCUAUUUCAGUUUUUUAUUUGUAAUAGUUUUGCAAACAUUUCGAAAAACCUGUUUUUGCUUUGUCAUUAUGGGGAAUUAUGCGUAGAUUGAUGAGAGGAAAAUGAUUUAAUCCAUUUUAGAAUAAGUCUAAUGAACAAAAUGUGGAAAAAGUCAAGGUGUCUGAAUGCACUUUUUUAUUUAUCUAUAUAUACUACCGUUCUAAAGUUUGGGGUCACUUAGAAAUGUCUGUUUUUGAAAGAAAAACACUUUUUUUGUCCAUUAAAAUAACAUUGUUGAUCAGAAAUACAGUGUAGACAUUGUUAAUGUUGUAAAUGACUAUUGUUCUUUUUAUGGAACAUCUACAUAGGUGCACAGAGGCCCAUUAUCAGCAACCAUCACUCCUGUGUUCCAAUGGCACGUUGUGUAAGCUAAUCCAAGUUUAUAAUUUUAAAAGGCUAAUUGAUCAUUAGAAAACCCUUUUUCAAGUAUGUUAGCCUGUGCUGGAAACUGUUGUUCUGAUUAAAGAAGCAAUAAAACUGUCCUUCUUUAGACUAGUUGAGUAUCUGGAGCAACAGCAUUUGUGGGUUUGA